AUGGUUCUUCUUCCCUCUUGGCAGGCUGUCUAUGCCCUCAUCGUUGCUUCUGCCACAAUCGCUUCGGCAUAUCGACCUGUCCAACACUCAGAGUCCGAUCUUUUCGUCCGCUAUCACUGGUACAAAUACAAGGAUUCCAGGAAUGGCUGGCACGCCUUUGCACUGGGUAAGCAGAUGGCCGGCGCGCUGAUGUUCAUCAUGUACGGUGACCCUACCACUCCGAUGCCUGAAAUGACAAUCAGUGUCCGAAGUGCUGAAGGUCAUCACCCACCUCAGUUGGUCAAAGACAUCGCCAUCUUCAAUCGUCCUGAGGCGGAGAAUCGAAUACCUGAAGUGACUAUUAUCACCAAUACUUUCAAGCCCUACACUGGUGCUUACGAACAACCUGAACUCAGUCUGAAGCCAACCCAUGUUGGAAUCGCUGAGUUUAUUGUUCGUGGAUACAGUAAAUGGAUCGGCUCCGCUGUUAGCAAUGUCAGCACAGCGCAACCCAUGUUAUGGUCCAGCAGAUACGAUCAAGAUUUCCAAGAAGACUACAGUGUCGAUCAUGGCAUUGAGAUGCAUGCUUUUGGCCUCGGCUUCGGGUUCAUCUUCGCGGAUUUGCUCAACGCGGAAACCCCAGUGCCUAUGUUUGGUGCUAUCAACGAACUUAGCGGCCACAAAGGUCUGGUUGAGAUUGGAGAGCCCGCGCCCCCUACAGCAGCGGAAAUCUCUGCUGGCGAGUUCGCCAUCAAGAACUACCGCCUCGAUCCUGUAAAUGCCGAUCUUGCUACGUCCUCGGGCGACGGAGAACACAACCCUUUCAGUGAUCACAGCAACACCACUCCCUCGACCGUGCCAGAGGGUCACGGAGGUGGUAGUGAGGCUCAACCCAACAGUUCCAGCACGAGCGACGCUGCCAAUUCUACCAACCAACAAGCAGCACAAGCAGCCUAUACGAUUCGCGGAAAGACUGUCCGUGAUUGGCUUUGGCAUCUGCAUGGAUCUAUCUUGUGCUGCACUUUUUUCAUUGGUUAUCCGCUUGGCAUCUACCUUCUACGAUCGUCGAAGCAACAGGCAGCAGGCUUGAGCUUCAAUUAUCACUGGACUGUCCAAGCACUCGCAACCGUUGGGUUGGCUAUCGGCAUCUUCAUUGGCUACUUACAGAGUCGAAGCAUUUCUCUUACACACCAGUAUGUGGGGAUUUUUAUCGCAUUCUGCAUUGGUGCACAGAUGCUGCUUGGUUGGCGACACCACGUCAAAUUCCUCUCCGCGAAGCGCAAAACCUGGUUAAGCAAGAUACAUAUUGGGCUUGGUAGAGUUAUCAUGCCGCUCGCCUUUGUCAACAUCCUCAGUGGUAUGAAGCUCAGGCAUUAUGGCUGGUUUACGAUGCUCCUGGUCUUGGCGUUGGCUGUUAUCGAAAUUGUGUUCUUUGCAGUCUACCUCAGGGGGUCUCAUGUUAGACGGAACAAGAUGGGAGGAGCCGCUGUUGCUGAACAACUCAAAGCACAAGGUCCUGGGCAGGAUGACGAUGCUGAGGAAUACUUCCAACUUGCAGGUGAGGAUGAUGAUCUGAGUGACUUGAGCGACGGCGAAGAUGCUAUAAGUAAGAAGCGACACCAAAAGCAUGAGGAGAACGAACGGCUUGCCAAGCUCGACCGAGUCUAG